UGUUUUAGUACAUAUCCCAAGUUAUUUGCUGUUGUUGGAGAUUUUCUGAUAGGAAAAUGCAAGAACAAGAACAAGCGAGACUUAAGAGUCUAGGGAAGAUGAGCAAUCCCCGAAGUCAGCAAAGAUUUCGUCCGUAUCAAAAUAAUACAAUAAUCACGGCAUCGGCAGCAGGAACGACGAUAUCCUCGCAAGCAACACCGAAAAUAACAAACAUCAUUGAUCAGGAGAAGGCACUGCGCAACCAGAUUCAUAUGGAGAUCGAGAAAAAAUCAAAAGCUUGCUCAAACGCUCCAUAUGAAUGUUCGCUACCGCGUUUGGAGCAGUACAACUAUUGUAAACGACAUAUUCUGCAGGAUUCUCGAGCACCUUAUAAACAAUGCGCAUUUUUCUUCGCAUCCAACGGUAAACGAUGCUUAGAACCGGCACCAAAACAAGACCACAAGAAGGAUUAUGGUACAAAUUAUUGUUUCGAACACAGCCGGUUAACACAGCUAACGAAAACAAAGUCGACUAUCGGCAAGCUUACACCCAUAGAGACAACCGAAACUUUGCUGCAUAAUCUAGCGCACCACGUCAAGGUGGACAAAUCGAAACAACCAGCCAAUUGCUCUGCGCUGAAGAUAACCGUCCACGAAGAUGAUGAGGAUGAAGAGCUUGAUGUUGUGACUCCAUCUGUGGAUCCUUAUACUGACAUCGAUGUAGCGGCAAUUAAUGAUUCAACCCGUGUAGUCUUAGAUUAUGCUUCCGACAGCAGUUCAGACGAUGAAACCACAACUGUUGGAAACACUUGGCGUGGCUAUGAUAUGGACAAUUCGGAUAAUGAAAGUGUGGACUCACAAAAUGAAGAUUUACUGAAGCAUGCUGGUGUUUACACUGCCGAAGAGGCCAUGAUAAUCACCAAAGAAAAGCUAACUCGGUUACAAGAACUCUAUACCGAUCAAUUCCAUCGAUUGCAACACGUAUUGAAGGAAAAGCGCCGCCGAUACCUCCACGAGUUACGUAGAGAACGCGAGCAAUACUGCAGCAUUCAUGAUCAAGUGAAGAAAUCACCAAAAGAACGUAAAAUGUACGAAAAAUUGAAGGCAUUAAACCAUUAUCAUCGGAAGUACGGGAUGGAAGCAAUAUUGCACAGAAAAUAUUUGGAGAAGCGAGCGAAAGCAACGGAAGGACUUCAUCAGAAAGCCGCUUCCUAUGCAAAAUGUGCAUUUACCGAGGGAGGUGUAAAAUGUGGAGAAAGAACAUUGCCAUGCUGCAAAUUUUGUCGGAAACAUAUUCUCGAAGACAAAAAGCAAGUGCUCUUCAAAUCUUGUGCCGUUGAAAAAAGUGGCGUUGUUUGUCAGGAAGCUCUUGCCAACAUCUUCGAGGAUUCAACCUGUUAUUUGCAUGUGGUACUUCCGGCACAAAAAAGUUUCACUAAGAAAAAGUACGAAUCCGAAUCGGAGGGCGAUGAGGAACUCCACUCGGAGAUCAAAAAAGAGAUGCUGGAAUUGGUAAAGGAGGAAAAGUAUUCGCCAUUUAGAUCGCAGUCCUCCAGCACUACGGCAACGGCCGCUGAGACAGAAGAUCAAGAGAUGAUGAUUGAUCCACCGAUCGUUGAAAACAAUAUUACGAUUGUGCACGACGAAGAACCCGACAAUCUUGAAGAUUCACUCCCAAUCAACGUUAUAGCAAAACCGUUGCCAACUGAGAACAGUAUGAGACCAGGUACACCAAUCGAAGAGAAAAAGGCACCAGAUGAGAAAGAACUACCUAUUGGAACCAUUGGAACCGAAUAGAAACGUUUUGUGUAGGUUUCGAUUCAGUGUAUUCUAUUACUACAACUCGAUUU